CGCUGGAUGCGGAGGAUGAUGACAAUGUGAUUGGGAUGAAGAGGUUGUGGCUGGUUAAACUGGCUAACGAUGUUACUUACAAGAGGUGGGUGCUCUUUCGGAAUGUGGUGUUGAAGUAGGUAGGGGACUGAUGUUGGGGUGUAGGAUGAAUCAGACCAUGACCAGGCUGCAGAAGAUGAAGCCAGAUGAAUAUUCAAAUUUCGUCAGGGUCUUGUUUGGGCUCACCAGUCCUUCCCCAGUCCCAGACGAUCUUGAAUCUACUGGAACGGUUGAGUGGAUUGAUGACAGCUUGAACCCGUCACAGAAAGAUGCUAUCCGGUUUGCUCUGGCUUCUCGGGAGGUGGCUCUCAUCCAUGGACCGCCAGGAACAGGCAAGACUCACACGUUGAUUGAACUCAUCUUACAAAUGCUGAAGCAGAAUCUUCGAGUCUUGGUUUGUGGACCUUCGAAUAUAUCUGUUGACAACAUAGUCGAACGGCUAGCUCCUCAUAAGAUACCCAUAGUACGACUCGGACAUCCAGCAAGGCUCCUACCGUCCGUAUUAAAUCACUCGCUGGAUGUGUUAACCCAGACAUCCGAUGCCGCUGCCAUUGUCAAAGACGUGAGAAAGGAAAUGGACGCAAAGCAAGCUUCAAUUCGCAAGACGAGGAAUGGAAGAGAGCGGAAAGCAAUAUAUGGUGAUCUAAAGGAGCUCCGGAAAGAGUACAGGGAGAGGGAGAAGAAGUGCGUCGGUACACUCAUCGGGGGGAGCAAGGUCGUGCUCGCCACUCUACACGGCGCAGGGGGCUUCCAGUUGAAGGACGAAGACUUUGAUGUCGUCAUCAUCGAUGAAGCAAGUCAAGCUUUAGAAGCACAGUGCUGGGUGCCACUCUUGAAGGCGAAAAAGGUUGUUCUUGCUGGUGACCACCUUCAACUACCGCCCACGAUCAAGUCAUUGAAUUCUAAGACAAAGACUAAGAGCAAAGAAGAGGGAGGGAUCAUCAAAGGAAUGACCCUCGAGACGACGCUGUUCGAUAGGCUACUAAAAAUUCAUGGACCUGGGAUCAAGAGAAUGCUGACAAUACAGUAUCGCAUGCAUGAGAAAAUCAUGAGAUUCCCAUCCGACGAAUUGUACGAGUCAAAAUUGGAGGCAGCUGAGGGGGUUAAGGCAAGACUUCUAAAGGAACUACCCUACGAGAUCGAGGAAAACGAAGAUACUAUCGAGCCUUUAAUUUUCUUCGACACGCAAGGCGGAGAUUUCCCAGAGAAGAGCGAGGAAGAAGAUGUUGAUAAGAAGGCUGGGAAGGGUAUGAUGGGGGAGAGUAAAAGCAAUGAGAUGGAGGCGUCUCUGGUGAAGCAACACGUGCAGAAUCUCGUCAACGCAGGUCUGAAUCCUGAAGAUAUAGCUGUCAUCACACCGUACAAUGCCCAGGUAAGAACAGGCCGUUCCAAACAGUUCAAUCUCAAUCCACCUUGUAGUGAGAGUGCAAGAUAUCAAUCACUGGAUUUUUCAUUCGGUCUAAGGACAUAUGAAAUAUGACUGGUUGAGGAAGUUUGUCAUGUUGGACCACCCUAUCCAACGUGGCCUUCUUGGUCACGGAAGGAAGGGACUUCAGUAAUUGAUAUCUUGCGCCCCUCUACAACCCAAUUUGAGAAAAUACUUACACCUAUAGCUUUCUUUAAUAUCCCGCACACUGAAAGAGGAAUUUCCUGGAAUCGAACUGGGAAGCGUGGAUGGUUUUCAGGGACGGGAAAAAGAAGCCGUCAUCGUCAGCCUUGUCAGAAGCAACCCGGAACACGAAGUUGGCUUCCUAGGAGAAAAGCGUAGAUUAAACGUCGCUAUGACCCGACCGCGCCGUUCUCUGACCAUCAUCGGCGAUUCAGAAACUGUUGGAGCGUGAGUUCAAAUCACAUUCUCUAGGGGGCUUCCCCUCGAUCAACUGAGACGCCGUGCUAACAUUC